CACGAACUGACUGACAGCGGGACUUCAGUCACUUCAGAGAAAGGAUUUUACAAGACACAAACCACGGUGUGUGUGUUUCGUGAAUCACAAUCUCUUUUAUAAUUAUUUAUCCCAUUACCACGGCACCGCCGUUGCCUACUACACAAUCAUGAGUCCCAUCAAUAAACGUCGAAAACUCGAAGACGGCGAGUAUGAAGUUACUCCCACAACUACAAGUACGACUACGACCACCACAAACGUCAGUGAAGUCGACUUAGCCGCCGCACCUGUCGCACCCGCUUCUUCUUCCGAGCAAGCCAAAGCCACCGAUCAGAAUCGAUCCCUCUUCGUCAGAUCUCUUCCCGCCUCUGUCACGACCGAACGCCUAACCGAGCAUUUCUCUGAAUCAUUUCCUCUGAAACACGCCACUGUCGUGAUCGACUCACAGACCAAGAUCUCCAAAGGAUUCGGAUUUGUGACCUUUGCAGACGCUGAAGAUGCACAGGCCGCAAUUCAACAAUUCAACGACUCGGUGCUAGACGGUCGAAAGAUUAAAGUCGAGUUGGCGCAGGCGAGACAUCGAGAUGCAGAUGAUGACUUGACGGGUGUGGUGACGGGGAAAGGCAGGAAAGGCGGGGUGAAUACUACGGCGGUUCAAUUGAGAGAGAAAAGAGAGCAAGGAAGGAAAGAAGCACAGCCGCCGAAAUUGAUUGUCAGGAAUUUGCCGUGGAGUAUCAAAACGGCAGAGGACUUGUCUCUACUGUUCCGCAGUUAUGGAAAAGUCAAGCAUGCGGUAGUUCCCUCCAAGGGUCCCAGGACACAAUAUGGAUUUGGGAUUGUGGUGUUGCGGGGAAAAAAGAAUGCAGAAAAGGCUCUUGCGGGCAUUAAUGGAAAGGUAGUGGAUGGUAGAACUUUGGCGGUUGAUUGGGCGGUGGAUAAAGAUACUUGGGAGGAACAGAAAAAUGCUACUGCUGAAGAGGCUAAACUCAACAAGACCGAUGCCGUUGGCGUUGUUGAGGAUGAGAAGGUUGAAAAUGAUGAAUUGGAGGAGGAUGCUGCUGCUGCCAUUGAGGAUGGUCAAGAGCACGACGAUGAGACUUCGAGUGACGAUGUCGACAUGGAUGUUGAAGAAUCUGAUCUCGACGACGAAGACGAAGACGACGAGGAAGACUCAGAAGAUGGGGAUGUCAAAACCAACAGUAACGACACUACCGUCUUUGUGCGCAAUGUUCCCUUCACCACGACUGACGAGAUGCUCUCUGCCCAUUUCUCCACAUUCGGGCCCGUCCGAUACGCCCGGGUGGUAUAUGACCCGGAAACAGAACGCUCAAGAGGGACGGGGUUCGUUUGCUUUUUCAAUGUCGACGACGCCAAAUCAUGCGUCAAGGGAGCUCCCAAGCACGAGAUCGCCGCCGCGGGUCACGACGAAUCCAAGGAUAAGAAACGCAAGGUCGACACAUUAAAGCACUCAAUCCUACAAAACGAGGCAUCGGAUCCAUCCGGAAAAUAUACAUUGGAAGGACGGGUUCUCAAUGUCGUGAGAGCGCUAUCACGCGAAGGAGCAGAGAAACGUGCAAACGAGGCGAGCGAACAGCGAGAUAUUCGAGACCGAGACAAACGAAGAUUAUACCUCCUCUCAGAGGGGUCCGUGGCACGUGGGUCGAAAUUGGCGGAUGCUCUGGGUAAAGCAGAGAUGGAUAUUCGCGAAAGCAGUCAACGUCAACGACAGCGUCUGAUCAAGAGUAAUCCGAAUCUCGGUCUGAGUCUGACGAGAUUGAGUAUCCGAAACAUUCCGCGACAUAUUGGAAGUAAGGAAUUGAAGGCCUUGGCGAGGGAGGCGGUGGUGGGGUUUGCCCAAGAUGUCAAAGCCGGGAUCCGACAGCCGUUGAGCAAGGAUGAGAUGUCUCGUGGAGAUGCCGAGAUGCGAGAGGCGGAGAAGAGACGGAAAGAACAAGGCAAGGGAAUUGUGAGACAAGCCAAGGUGGUGUUUGAAGACCGUGAAGGUGCCAAGGUCACAGAAGGUGGAGGAAGAAGUCGUGGGUAUGGCUUCAUCGAAUAUGUCAGCCAUCGUAAUGCCCUCGCGGGACUUCGAUGGCUCAAUGGACAUUCGAUCAAGUCCGGAGGCGAGAAGCCCAAGAGACUGAUUGUGGAAUUCGCCAUUGAAAAUGCCCAAGUGGUCCAGCGCCGGAACGAGCGGGAGAGGCGGGCAAAGGAACGGCCUGCGGGAGAACGAAGAGAAGAUCGCAAAAACGGGAAGGACGAAAGAGGCCCAAAGGGACAAAAGCGCAAACGAAAUAAUGCAACCGAGGAGAAGACGGCGCAAGGGCCCAAGACCGUCGUCAGCACCAAUGGCCCUGAGGAAGGAGAAGGAGACUCGGAGCAGAAGAACCGUGUUGCAAAGCGAAACCGGAUCAUUGCGAAGAAGCGACAGGCACGCAAGGCACGAAAGGGUUGAACAUUGCAUGCUCGACUGGAGCCGGGGACGACAAGAUGGUUGAUUGACAAUCGUUCCCUUGUUCCUGCAGCCGCGUACUACAUAGCCUAGACCAGUUGGUAUCAAAGAGCAUUCGCGGGAAUUCGAGGGUGCAAGACGUCAGUUUGCC